ACAGCCCAUACUAAUGCAUUCCCAGUGCUUCCAGUGCUUGCAUCAGAGUGAAGGCUGUGAGUUUGUCAAACUCUGAGCUGCCAGUGGCACAUUUCCUGUUGUUGACAGGCGAGGAGCACAGAAGAGGCUGCACUGAGCUGCGUGUAGGGACUCGCAUUUUAUCAGCUGGAGUGCACACAGACACACGCAGAGAGCACCCUUUCACAGGAAGAACUGCUAUCACUUCUCAGAUACACAGACGCAGAGGAAGCACUGACACUGAACCUCUUACCAACGGCCCAGAAACAGGAGCUGCUCCACAGAUGGACUGACUCCCUCCAUCCAGAGUUUGACUGAUGAAAACAAGUGGGAUCUGCUUUGCUGUUUUCACCUGAUCUGAGUGUCUACCCAGGAAGUGUUAUGGUUUUGUUCUACGUGGGAUCGGAUAAAACCUCAUCUACAGUCAUGCAGCCUGAGGACCCUGUUCGCCAGGACAUGCAGUUCUACUAUGUGGGCGACCAUAUGUGGGCCACCAUGCUGGGGCAGAGCGUGAAGCUUCAGCCGGUUUCCAUCCAAAGCCUCUCAGAGCUGGAAAGAGCACGUCUGCAGGAGGUGGCCCUUUACCACUUGGAAAGAAGAGACCUAGACUUUAAGAUCAGCAUCCCUAGAGAGAUUCGUAAGAGGAGGAAAUCACUACGGAGAAAGUUUGACUCCUUCUCAAAAGAAAAGAAAGAGCGAGAGUCUGCGCCCAAAGCAUUCGGUAUCCCGCUCGCCCAGGUCAUCGCAAACGACCGGGCAUACAAGCAACGGCAGGAUGCCCUGAAAGAGAGCCGACCGGACUGUCUGGACCUGGAGGCCAGUGUUCUUCACUUCCGUGCCGAGAUAUGGCAGCACAAUGCAAACCGGCCGCUGGGCAAUACAGCCUUAUCACCUGAUGCUGCCUCCUCACCAGCACUGGAGGCCCACAGCAAACCUCCCUCAUCAGCGUUCAUGGACAACACCUCACGCACACACAGACGGGGAGGGAUGUCUGUGGACUCCAUCUCUGAUAUGGUUGAGAGUCAGUCCAGACUACUUGAAGCUCUGCAGCUCUCUCACCCUAAUGAGCUGGAGCUGAAAAAGGCUGCCGGUCACACACAGGCCAAACUCAGUCUCAAUCCCAUCUACAGACAAGUUCCCCGAGUGGUAGAGCGCUGCUGUAACCACAUUGAGACCUACGGUGAGCUGCAAACCAUCUCAGGUAAUAAGAUGACGGCAGCAAACCUGGCAGUGAUCUUUGGGCCCAAUCUCCUUCAGAAAGAGAGAGGAUCAGAGAGAGAGCUCAGCCCUCAAGCUCUGGGCAUAGAAGACAGCACUGCUGUCAUCUCCGUCACCCUGAUGCUCAUCCAGAACCACCAACAUCUCUUCACGGUGUCUGCUGAGCUGCAGCAGGAGGUGCUCAUGAGCCUCAUUCAGACGGACCCUGAUGUCAUUGACUAUCUGCUGCGCAGGAAACUCAGCAGUAGUAGCAGCCUGACCAUGGAGACGGACUCCGGUGGAAGGAGGGACACACAGGCAUCUCUGCACUCUGUGGGUCAGUCCAGUGAUGACCUUUCAUCCCUGGAGCCACUGUGUCCUCUUUACCCAGAGACAUCUGCGAUAGGAAGUCUGAGCAGUGAGGUCUUCCUCAAUGUUCUUCAUCUUAACACCAACAGGAAACGUUCCUCUGAGGUCCCACCCAAAUCCAUUGGUAAAAUGAGACAGUUUCAUUCCCACCACAACCUGAUGAGUCUGUCCCAGUCCUCCUCAUAUGCCCAGAGUGAAGAGCGAGCGCUCCAGCAGCAGAGGCAAGGCAGUUCAAGGCACACAUGCUCAGAGGAGCGCCUACAUUUCAGUCUGGGACGGCAGGACAGCGGUUCUCAACCACAGAGUCCUAGAGAGAGAGGCAUCUGGGUACGACAGAGCUCCAACGCCUCGUCCACGACGUCAGACGACAGCAAACCGCCAAGCAACUUCUGGGACUUUUUCACUGGCAAGAUACCUGUUGUCAGAAGAAGCCCUUCGCUGCAAAACUUCUUCAACGACCAUUCACAGUCUGAAAAAAAUUAAGUGAAAUGGAAGAUGUUUUUGGAAGAAUAAGAUAUUUUGAUAACUUGGAGUACAUGCUCUGAACUCAUGACAUCCCUGAGCCACAAGGGGGUGAUAUUUACUGGUGUCAACAUUACAUUGACAUUAAAGUUGAAGUUAAAUAGAUCCUGUCUAAAUAUUUGAAUUACCUCUAUAAAUGCUGGACUCUGUUGGGAUUGGUUAAAAAGCAGGAUUUCCUUCAAUAAGAAUUAAACUAUUCAGAGAGAGCACUGCCAUUUCUAGUGGCAGAAAGUACAAAAUAUCUAUUGAUUGAGUUGGAGCCAGGCCUUCUUUGAGCACAAGCUGAAGAUCAAGGUAGUUUCUCUACUCCUCAUUUCCAAUACAUCAUUUUUUGACUUUAUUUUUAUCAUGAUUUUAAAUAAUCUUCAAAGUAUGUAAUCAUUUUAAACGUGCAUUCAGUACUACUUUGUCUAGCAUUAGCUAAGCUUCACUACUUUUAAUACUGAUAAUGUUACCACAAUGGUGUUACACAAUGCACUGCCAUUUAUCAAUGUGGAUCACCAUGAUCGUCUCGACGAUACAAGUGAGUUUUACAGAGCGCUCUACAUAAUUAUUCAUUCCCUUAUCUGCCCAACAAAAGAGAAGCAACUUGGGCAUCACUACUCAGGAUUAUUUCCAUCAUCAAAUCUUUCCACCUUCUGAAUGCCGUAACGCUGUUGAUGCUUGUUUAUUCGUUGUCGGUCUUGUCUCUUCUCUUAAAGCACGUUAAUAAAUGUGUUCCGUUCUCAAAUUUCGCUCUUUGCAUCACUAAACAACACUACGCUAUUAGAGUAACUACAGAGGCGGGAGCCAAUGAGGCUGAUGAUUCUGUCCGGGAUACAGCUUUUGCAAAAUUUCGCCAUAAAAACAAUACAUUACCUUUUGCUACUGGACCCUGUCAGAU